AUGCCAUCUACAUGCGAAGUAUGUAUGAGUUCUUCGUCGUCCAUUUACUUGAUGACAGAAGGAAAAAAAAUCCAUCUUACUGGUGAGAGAGGAUUGUUGUUGGCCAAGUAUGUAGAUGGAAUGAUGAACUUAGCGCUUAGUGUUGAUGAUAGAGGAUUGGUUUACAACUAUCCUAGCUUUAGUCGUGAAUUUGUUGAUCGGAUUAAUUACAUGAUCACGACUUCGGUAUUCUCAAGCCAUUGGAUUACGAAAAACCUGAGGUGCUUAUGUUUUUACCGGAAAGAAUAG